UCCCGCCCCCGCGGCCGGGGGACAGUUUGGAAGGGCCGCUCCACCCCGCUCGGAACACUCCACUGGCCGCUGGCCCGCACUCGGAGAUGUCCACCAGUGAGCCCGAGGCCCCCGGGGACACCCAGGUGACAGGAGAAGAGCCUACACAGCAGCCCGGCGUGGGGGAGCGUCUGGCCGCCCUGCCCCUGCUCGGCUCCGCCUGUCAGGCCGUGGGGGCCGUCUACACUGCCUCGCGGGACAGCCAGGCGCCACUGGGGACCCUGUGCCGGGCCGCUGAAGAUGGGGUGCAGGCCCUCGCCACCGCCGCCCAGCCGCUGCUGCACAGGCUGGAGCCCCAGAUUGCGUCCGUGAGCGGACUGGCCCACCGGGGCCUGGACACGCUGGAGGGCACCCUGCAGCGCCCCCCCAAACAGGUGCUGGCGGACACUAAGGAACUGGUGACUUCUCGGGUGAUGGGGGCCCGGGAGGCCGUGGCCAGCAUGGUGGCCGGCACCAAGGACUCAGUGGCCAGCCGUGUGUCGGGAGCAGUGGAUGCGACCCGGGACGCGGUGCUGGGCUCCCACGUGGGGCAGCUGGUGCAGAGCGGGCUGGACACGGUGCUGGGCUGCUCCGAGGCCUGGAUGGACAACCACCUGCCCCUGACUGAUGCUGAGCUGGCACGCCUGGCCACGUCCUCUGAGGACUCGGGUGCAGAUGUGAUGUCGGUGCAGCAGCAGCGGCAGGAGCAGAGCUACUUUGUGCGUCUGGGCUCCCUGUCGGAGCGUCUGCGGCAGCAGGCCUGGGAGCACUCGCUGGGGAAACUGAGGCUGGGCCGGCAGAGGGCCCAGGAGGGGCUGCAGCAGCUGGCGCAGGCCCUCAGCCUGAUGGAGUCUGUCAAGCAGGGCGAGAACCAGGAGGGGGUCCCGGGCCCGGAGGAGAGCAACACCAAGCCGGAGGUGGAGUCCCGGGCUCUGGCCAUGUUCCACCAGGCUGCGGAGCAGUUUCGGGCCACCUGCACGUCCCUGGGGGCCACCCUGCGGGGCCUGCCCGACCAGGUGAGCCAGCAGGUGGAGCAGGUGGGCUGCCAGGUGGAGGCGCUUCGGAACAGCUUCUCGGGUGUCCACUCCGCCCGGGACCUGUCGGCCGGCGUCCUGGUGCAGAGCCGCGAGCGUCUGGCCCAGGCCCGGGCGGCCCUGGACGCGGUGCUGGAGUAUGUGGCCCAGCAGCCCCCCCUGAUGUGGUUGGUGGGGCCCUUCUCCCCGGGGGUUGUGGAGACCCCGGGGAAGGAGAAGCAGAAGGAGACGGAGGAGAAGGAGAAACAGAAGGAGAAGCAGGAGGAGGAGGAGGAGGAGGAGAGGCCGCAGCUGCAGUAGACUGAAGCCCUCAACACACUCAGCAGGGGAUGGCCCUCACUCCCUCUCAGCUUGGCCCUCGAACCCAGGCUCGGGACCCUCCCCCCAACCUCUCCCAGGGUCAGGGACGUCCAUCAACCACCAAGGCCAGGCUACCAGGAGGAAAAAAACAAACAAGGGUGGCUCAGCGGAUUUAAGUGCAGGUAGCGCAAAGCGCAAGGACCGGCAUAAGGAUCCCGGUUCGAGCCCCCGGCUCCCCACCUGCAGGAGAGUCGCUUCACAGGUGGUGAAGCAGGUCUGCAGGUGUCUGUCUUUCUCUCCCCCUCUCUGUCUUCCCCUCCUCUCUCCAUUUCUCUCUGUCCUAUCCAACAACGACAAUGACAUAACAACAAUAAUAACUACAACAAUAAAAAGGGCAACGAAAGGGAAUAAAUAUUUUUUAAAAAGGGAAAAUAUAUUGUUUUUCUUUCUCGAAGGGUCUGGGUUUGUUUGGUUUUGCUUGUGCAAGCCUGGGCCUGGUGCAUGGGUGUGACGGCCUCUGGGCUGACCCUCUGCCCCAGAAGUGGUGACUCCCCAGCAUGGGGAUGGGGGGGGUCUCAGGUUCGAGGAGCCCCUGGCAUGACAGAUACCAGUCACCCUGCUUCUCUCCCUCUUCCUCUCCCCACCUCAUAAAUAAGCCUUUCGAGAGGCCGAGUGGUUGCUCACGCAAGGACUCGGGUUCGAGCCCCGGCCCCCACCUGCAAGGGAGUUGCUUCAUAGGCAGUGAAGCUGGUCUGCAGGUGUCUGUCUUUCUCUCCCCCUCUCUGUCUUCCCCUCCUCUCUCCACUUCUCUCUGUCCUAUCCAACAACGACAACAACAAUAACUACAACAAUAAAACAAGGGCAACAAAAGGGAAGAAAUAUUUUUAAAAAAGAAAAAGCCCCAAAAUUGGAUUUGAGUUUUGCAGGAUGGGGGUUUCCCUGGGUUUGUGGUGGAGGCUGGCAGGCCAAGGCGUCUUGGGCCUCCAGCUGUCUUUUUUUGUUGUUUGUUUUGUUUUGGGGGGGAUUAAUGUUUUACAUUCGACAGUAAAUACAAUAGUUUGUACAUGCAUAACCUUUCUCAGUUUUCCCCAUAAUACAACCCUCACUCAGUCCUCUGUCAUCCUUUCUGGACCUGUACUCUCCUCCUCCCCCACCCACCCAGAGUCUUUGACUUCGGUGCAAUACACCAAUCCAGCUGUCUUAAUAAACUUUUUCUAAGACUCAG